CAUAAACGUCGUCCCAAUCGUCCCAAUUCCGACCAAGCAGACUUCGAUCGAAUGUUAUUUAGAAGAAAAAUUAACACGGAUUGAUUCUUUUCUAUUUUUCGUUCAAUUUGGGUGUAGAAACAUGUCGGCACCAACUGCAGCGGUGCUAGCACAUACCAGGCGAGUUUGCUCGCUGUACAAAAAAUCACUGCGCAAUUUGGAGUCCUGGUACGACAGGAGACACAUCUUUCGCUAUCAUGCCGUUUUGAUGAGGGCGCGCUUCGACCAAAACAGGACUGAGAAAGAUCCUGCGAAAAUUGCCAAACUCCUGGCCGAUGGGGAAAGGGAGCUGUUCGAGACGCAGCAUUACCAGCCGAAGAAAUUUGCUAUGUCACCUGGUGGAGUGGCUUUUGAGCGAGAGGUAGUCCCCCCGGACUGGGUUCUCGACUAUUGGCAUCCGCUCGAGAAAGCACAGUAUCCGGAGUAUUUCGCUCGUCGUGAAAAACGCAAGGAGGAGUACGUCAUUUGGUGGGAGAAGCAAUACGGCAAGGCGCCUUCGUCCGAUUCACACCACUAACGGAUUUUUUUCGAUGGAGAGAAUAUCGUUGUAACCUCUAACAUACUGCUUAUUUCGGGAGAAAAUAGAUUAUUGUUUAGAAGAAAUGUA